UGGCGGAUCACGUAAAUCUCAAGUUAUUCCUUACUUUACUUGCGCGCGUGAAACGUACGAAUUGAACUAGAAUUAUUUUGUUUGCCUUCCGGUUAUUAUAGAAGUGAGAGAGAACACACAUCAAACUAUAAUAUAGCAACGUACUAUCAAAAGUAAUAAAACUAACGAGUAACUUAUCAAAAAUGGCUUAUGUUCAUGGUGAAUAGAUGUUGGAGACGCUAUUUUUCAGUUACGAAACCGAAAAAAUAUCAAUAUGACAACUUUACAAGAUCUAUGCUCUCAAUUAAUGAAACCAGCUAAAGAUUUAGCGGAAUGGAACUUCCCUUUAGCUAAGAUUUUAGAAGAUUAUUAUGCGUUAAUGCAAGAACCAUGUAAUCUAAACUUUAGUGAAGCUGCACUAGUUCUACAAAAUUCUGCGAAUGUUUAUGUCAGACGUGUGGAAUAUCUGUACCAAGACACGACAGCUUUAAGUAAAUCAAUGCAGGAAAAUGAAGAUGAGGUUGAAGAAGAGCAAAAAAAAGAUAAAAGUCAUCGUAGGCCUAGAAAAGCAAUAAUUGAUUUUAAAAAUUUUGAUUUAGUAGAUUUCAGUGUAGGAAUUCUAAAAAAAAAUCAUGAACGAGAAAAAUCAACAAAAGAAGAACGAAAAAUAAAAUUGAUUAGCCCUCGAUUUCCUCAACUAGAAAAUGUCUCGAGACAUAAAUUCUCUCAAGAUAUUAUCGAUAUUGCCGGAGAAGUUAUCGGAAAGAAGUACGAUUUUAGAUGUAAUCAACAAUUAACGGUAUCAAAGAUGUUAAUUGAAGAAGUGACUCCUUCAGAUUUCAAUAACGAGAAAUCUGAUCAUCUAAAUAUCUCUAAUAUAAAUAUAGAACAAGUUGAUUGUGAUGAUGAUUUAGAUUUGUGUUCUGACGAUGAAAUAUCAAGAGAUGAAACAAUAUUCAAUCAAACUCAGGAAUCAGGAUAUGAAUCGAUGGUAUCCACCUCUCAACUUAACACUUCCGAUACGCAAACGAUAUGUGAUUUUUCCCAAUCAAUAAACAACUCUUUGAAAGAUGUUGAUGAUCCAAUAAUGUCACCUAUUGCAGAUUCCUCUAUCGAAUCAGAUGAAAGUCCCAAUGAUUCUGGGUUAGAGCAGAGCAAAACUCCAGACGAAGAAAAUAAUGAAUUGUGUGAACAAAAUUCAGCAAAUAAUUCCCCAGUUUAUUCUGAAAGACAUUCCGAAAAUAAUCCCAAUAAAAGUUCUACAAAUGACUUUGAUAAGACUGACAUCGAAAAUUCAUUAAAUAAUACAUCACAGGCGACAGGUAAACCAAUGAGUACUCGGGAUUCUACUGAAACGGAUGCAGGAUAUACAUCAGGAGAUCCUGACGAUUUACAAAUGGGUUUAACGCCAAAAAAAUCAAACAAAACGAUAGAAGAGCCAAACAACUUGUGGGAACCAAUUUCAGUUGAAUCGGUAGUUCCAGACAAAAUACCAAGGCGACGAAGAGAGUUUAAACUUCCUUGUCACAUUGCACUAUUGACGUCCGUACCAAAAUUAAGAAAAAGAACUCUAACUGAUUCUGCAAAAAAACGUUAUUCCAAAAAAUCUUCAGGAAAGAGAGCGAAAAAUAUAACAGAAACUGAAGAAAUCAACAAAAUGUUUGAGGAAUAUUUAAAAAUGCAACCAAAGCUAAGUAGUCAAAGUUAUGAGGCUGUUUUAAAUGAAAAUAUGGAUUGCUUAGGUUAUCAGUUGAAAUUAGAAUCGUUAAAAAAGUCUAAAAAAAAUAUAUCUGAACAUCAAUCUAUACAUCCUUCAGUAACAGAAGUAGUGUCUUCACCAUCUCCAUUGUCGCAUUCACCUUGUGCAUCUUCGGAUCAUAUACAAGAUGAUGAUGAUUAUUCUGAAGUUUCCGAUAAUCUAGGAUUCCAAACAGUAGGACAAAAUCAUCAAGAAAGAAUUGAACGAAAAAUGAAAGAGCUUAAGAAAAAAUUUGAUGUUACCCAUGACAGAGAAGAAGAAUCAGCUAAGUGGUUUGAAACCGUUGAAGCUUUAAAAGCCGUUGAAAAUAGGCCAUCUUUUCAUGUUGACGAGUAUGAAAAGAGAAUCAUUGAAAGCUUGAAAGCAAAGAAUGAGCAUCAGGUAGAAUUUCAUGAAAUUGCGGAGCAAGAGGAGCCUGGAAAUAUCGCCAGACUUUUUGUUGCUUCAUUGCAUUUGGCAAACACUUACAAUGUUGAAAUAAAUGUUGUAAAUAAAGAAGAUAAUAGUGAACUAAAUUUAAAACUGCUAGAUGCAGAGUUUAAUCCUACAACGUAAGAUUAGGCUUUUUGGGUGUUUGAGUUUGUUUUUUUUUUUAAAAUAUAAAUUCAUUAUAUGUUUACGUUAUUUGUUCUUUGUCGGAUUUUAUCAUUAUAUAUAAUUUAUUGAAAAUUCAUCAUUCAUUACACAUGAUCUAUUAUUAUUUUUAUAAUUUAUUUAAAUUCUACAGAAAAAUUACAAAAUCAACAAAUAUUUAUAAAAAAUUUUUUCAACCACUCAUAUAAAUUCAUUUAUAUCAUUUAUAGUGGUCAAAAGUUUUUGAA